GCCUCAAGAGCCGGAGGCGGCCCCGGAGGUGGUCCCUGAUCCCGGGCCCUGUUAUUGGACCCGAAAAGAGAAGGCGCCCGCGGGCGGACACGGCAGAAGAGGAGGCUGGGUAAUGGCCGCGGUGUGGCAGCAGGUCUUAGCAGUAGACGCGAGGUACAACGCAUACCGCACACCAACGUUUCCACAGUUUCGGACACAGUAUAUCCGAAGGCGCAGCCAGCUACUGCGGGAGAAUGCCAAGGCUGGGCACCCCCCAGCACUGCGUCGGCAGUACCUGAGGCUACGUGGGCAGCUAUUGGGCCAGCGCUACGGGCCCCUCUCUGAGCCAGGCAGUGCUCGUGCCUAUAGCAACAGCAUCGUUCGCAGCAGCCGCACUACCCUUGACCGCAUGGAGGACUUUGAGGAUGAUCCUCGGGCCCUGGGGGCCCGUGGACACCGCCGUUCUGUCAGCCGAGGCUCCUAUCAGCUGCAAGCACAGAUGAAUCGUGCUGUCUAUGAGGACAGGCCCCCCGGCAGUGUGGUGCCCACGUCAGCAGCAGAAGCAAGUCGAGCCAUGGCUGGGGACACAUCGCUCAGUGAGAACUACGCCUUUGCGGGCAUGUACCAUGUUUUUGACCAGCACGUGGACGAGGCAGUCCCAAGGGUGCGCUUCGCCAAUGACGACCGGCACCGCCUAGCCUGCUGCUCACUCGACGGCAGCAUCUCACUGUGCCAGCUGGUUCCUGCUCCUCCCACCGUUCUCCGAGUGCUGCGGGGUCACACCCGAGGGGUGUCUGAUUUCGCCUGGUCCCUCUCCAAUGACAUCCUUGUGUCCACCUCACUCGAUGCUACCAUGCGCAUCUGGGCCUCUGAUGACGGCCGCUGUAUCCGGGAGAUCCCUGACCCCGAUGGUGCUGAAUUGCUCUGCUGCACCUUCCAGCCAGUCAACAACAACCUCACUGUGGUGGGGAAUGCCAAGCACAAUGUGCAUGUCAUGAACAUCUCCACGGGCAAGAAAGUGAAGGGUGGCUCCAGCAAGCUGACAGGCCGUGUCCUCGCUCUAUCCUUUGAUGCCCCUGGCCGGCUGCUCUGGGCAGGCGAUGACCGAGGCAGUGUUUUCUCCUUCCUCUUCGACAUGGCCACAGGGAAGCUGACCAAAGCUAAGCGUCUGGUGGUACAUGAGGGUAGCCCGGUGACUAGCAUCUCUGCCCGCUCCUGGGUCAGCCGCGAGGCCCGGGACCCCUCGCUACUCAUAAACGCUUGCCUCAACAAGCUGCUGCUCUACAGGGUGGUGGACAAUGAGGGGACCCUGCAGCUGAAGAGAAGCUUCCCCAUUGAGCAGAGCUCACACCCCGUGCGUAGCAUCUUCUGCCCCCUCAUGUCCUUCCGCCAGGGGGCCUGUGUGGUGACGGGCAGCGAGGAUAUGUGCGUACACUUCUUUGAUAUCGAGCGGGCAGCCAAGGCUGCAGUCAACAAGCUGCAGGGCCACAGCGCCCCUGUGCUGGAUGUCAGCUUCAACUGCGAUGAGAGCCUGCUGGCUUCCAGUGACGCCAGCGGCAUGGUCAUCGUCUGGAGGCGGGAGCAGAAGUAGGAGCCUCUCGGCCCUGCCAUGUCUACCUUCUCACCUGGCCCAUGCUCCAGCCUUGUGUUUGUAAAUAAAGUUCCUGUGCUUGUGCCGGUGGCUGGCUCCCAGGGCUGCUAGAGGUGGGAUAGGGGAGAGGGCAGCUCUGGGAUCAAAAUUGGAUGGGAUUCACUUAUUCAUUCAUUCAUGCAUGUGUUGAUUUCUUCUCUCAUUCAACAACCGUUUACUGAAUGUCUGCCAUGUCAUAGGCACCACUUUUACAAUCAUGCAUUGGACAGACAUUACUAAGUAUCUACUGUGUGCCAGGAACUCUUCUAGGCUUUUGGGGUACAGCUGUGACCUAAACUGACAAAUCUUGCCCUCGUGGGGCUCACUUUCUAGUGGAAGCAGAUAGAUAACAGAAAUAUAUAAUAGGUCAGUUAAAAAUGAGCAUUGUGAGGAAAAAUAAAGUAAGGACAGGAGAUAGAGUUGCGGGAGUGGGAGGUUGGGCUCUUUUGGGUGCCGUAAUCAGGGAAGACAUUACUGACAGUGUGAAAUUUAAACAACGAUCUGAAUGAAGUGAGGGAGCCAUCAUGUGUGAGGAGGAAAACAUUCCAGGCAGAGAAAAGGCAGUGCAAAGGCAUCGAGGCUGGAGUGUGCCCUAAGGGUGGUUGCAGAGGCUGGUGUGAGAGGUGAUGAGGUUGGCCAGGCCUGAUCCUGAAGGACUUUGUGGGCCAUAGUGAGAACUUGGGCUUUUGUAUGAGUGAGGGGUGAGUCACUGGACGGUUUUGAGCAGAGGAUCCUUCUGGGUGCUGUAAAGAGAACAGACUGAGGGGCAAAGGUGGAAGUAGGAGGGCCAGUCAAGAGACCCUGUAGUAGUUGAAGCAGGCAUGAUGGGACCUGUGCCAGGGUGGGGGCACUGGAGGAGUUGAGGUGGCAAGUGUUGGCUUCUACCACAAGGUUUUAUCCUAUGAGUCCACAGGGCUUUGCUGCCUCAGGGAGGCCCAGGCUCCCCCCAGCCCCAGGGCAGCUGCUGCCUGGGCCCCACACCUGUCUGCAUCAGACUGUUGUCCAGAAGCAGAGAGCAGAGGUGUUGAGGACUUGGAGUUCAUGCUGGUGCCGGAUCAACCAUGCACUCUAAGGCUGCCAUGUCCAGAUGCAUCAAUGGGAAGUGUGACUACCAUCUUGAGACCUCAGGGUCAGUCCACAGAGUCACAGACUCCAACCUGGCCCAAUACUGUUGAGCUACUGAACUAACACCAGCAGUCUGUUGAGGGAGGAAAAUAACCUCCUGUUUGUUCGGGCCACUGUUAUUGACGAUGUGGUUACUUGUAGCCAGAGCAUUUCUACCUAGUACAACAGGUUCUUGAAUAACAUUGUUUUGUUCAAUGUCGUUUUGUUAUAAUGUUGACAAGAUGCCGUAGGAACUUAACUCGUGUUUAUGUCAAUUAGCCUGUGGUAGAAUUGGUU